AUGCCUAAGUAUCGCAAUAAAAAAACAACUAUUGCGACCUCCUUUCCUACGUUAGCCACAAGAUCCUCAAUUAUAAAUGAUUUUAAGCCAUCAUUUCCUCCAAAAGUUACAAUCGAUGAAUUGAUUUCAAAAUCACUUAGUAACUCUGAUUCUAAAUAUAAUAGAACUCCUAAUCCAUUUAUUAUUUAUCGUAAAGUUUUUAAUCGUGAGAUAUCAAAAUUGAAGCUUGAUCUAUCUUUAAAAGAGAUUUCGACGAAAGCUAGUGAGAGUUGGAAUCAUGAAACUGAACACGUCAAGAAUGCCUACAGAAAACUCGCUGAAGAUGCAAAACUUUUAUUUAAAAAUGUUGCCCCUUUAUGUGUUGUCUCUGAUAAACAUUAUGAUUUGAAUAAAAUGAAUAAAGAUAAUUCUAGUAAAGGUUUAAGAAUUCUUUAUUUUGAUCCAAAUCGUGUCGAUAACAACGAUGAUCAGGAAAAAUGUGUAGAAAAAGAAAUUAAUAACUAUGAUUCAACUUCAAUAUCUAAUACAAAUAUCGACGCAAUGUUAGGUGUAAAUACUUUUAAUUUUGUACCUACUCCUAUGAAUGAUACACAAUCUACACCACUUACUACAAACUACGAUCCUUCAAAGUUUGAAUAUAAUAAAAGUCCAAGUCUUGAAUCAGAACUUUCUAUUCCAUUAACUCCAGAAAAUGGAAAUUACUCUAACUCAUAUUAUCAAUCUUUAUGGAAUUCUCCAACCGAUUUAUACAGACAUCCUCUCGUAAAACAACUUCUCGCACGGAUACAAUAUUUGGAAUACCUUUUAAUUAAUAAAAUCUAUGAAUGA